CACCCAGUGACUCAGAUUGCCAAGUCCAUCUCAGCAACUGAGGAGCAGAGAGAAGGCCUACAAACUUUGGGCCAGGAUCCAUGGCUCCUGGAACCAAAGUCAAGGACCGGGAAUCCCAGGCGACACCAGGGCGACAGGCCUACCAGCCAUUGCUUGUGUCGGGGCCAGUCAUGAUGAUCGCCUUGCCUCCCCCAGCGAAGGAUUAUCUAUGUCUCUCCAUCACCUCCUUCUGUUUCUGUAUCCUGCUGGCCAUCCCAGCCCUGGUGUUCUCCCUUAAGACCCGGGAGGCCAACAACGAUGGGGACUGGAGGAGGGCACAGCGGAACUCCAGGCUGGCCUUGGCCUUCAGCGUCGCCAGCAUCCUCGUGGGGUGCAUUCUGAUGGCCAGCUCUGUCACGUUAAUCCUUGAGACAGAGGAAGCGACAUCAUCCUGAGAGCCCGCCUCACCCAGGGAGUUCUGUCGGUUCUCGCAGCCUCUGACCUCGGACACCAGCCACCGCCUGUGCUGAGGAAGCCUCAGAGUAGCGACACUAAGAGCAAUAAAGAUUUUGAGGAGGUGCCUACGUUCCCACUCACCCGCUGCAUGUGGGGGUGCCUGGGCACCUGUUCUCAGGGCACCGCGGGUCUACGUUUCCGGGUGCCGUGGGGCCCCCCUCUGAGAUUGGACGGUGCCGGGCGUGUGGAUGAUGCAGGUCUCCUUACUGAUGACUGAAAAGGGAAGACGGACAUGGUGUCUGCUUUCGCAUCUUUGCUGCUGCGAUAACGCCCAUGGCCAGAAGAAACUUUAGCCUUAAGGUUCCGCAGAGAAAGAGGCUGGCCCGGCGGGAAAGCUUGGCACACCGGGAGCAGGAGGCAAAGAUCAUAUUGUUGUCUUUACCCAAGAAGCGUGGACGCGGAGGGGGUGCUGGGGGCGGCGGGGGAGGGGAAGGAAGGGAAGAGGAAGGGGAAGAGAUGAGGAGGAGAAGCUCUCCUCGAGGUCCAGCUUGCUCCAGCAAGGCCCCGCCUUCUACGGGUUUCAAACCUCCCCAAACAGCGCCAUCCACUGGGCACCAAGUGUUUAAAUACAUAAGGGCGGGAAGGGCAUUUCUCACUCCAACUACCACCGUGGUGCAAGUCUGUGACCCCAGAUGUUGGGUGCCAGAGGCAGGAGAAUGGGAGCUUCGGGCCAGCCCGGGUUCUGUCGGAAAACAGGAGCUACCAUGGCUGGACAGUGGUAGCUGUGAACAGUAGGACGAAACUGGGAGACUAACUCUGACGGGGCGCUAACGGCCGAGCUGUGACCUGAAGCAUGACAGAUGAUCCACAAAAAAAUGUCCGGAGCUUAGUUCCCUCGGCACAGCGCUGUCUGGUGUGCGGGGGAACUCUGGAUUCCAUCGGCGGCACCCUGGAAACUGGAUGUGGUGGCCACCUCAGAACUCCAGGACUUUGCAGAUGAAGGCAGAAGAAGCAGAACCUCAAGGGCAUCCUUGGCUACGGAGAGCGGAAGGAUGACACAUUAAAUUCCGACCAUCAUUUAAAGACAAGCUUGCAACUCUGCCGGGUGUCUCAGGCUCAGUGAGAUGGACACUGCCAACUUCGGUAGGGGACUGCAUCCUAGAACCCGUGCUCCUCUCAAAGCCUUUGCCCUUGAAUCAUUCCAGGAGCUUCCCAUCAUCCUGAAGUGGCAUCGCACAGCCCCCCAUCCUCACUCCAUGGGCUACAGUCCACCCAAGGUACCAGCCAUACCCAGAUACUUCUGCUCAGUCCAGAUCCAGCCUGGAGGAAGAGGCCUAUGUGUUCAUCACUUGGAGAUGGUGUUAGUGUUGCUAAUACACAUGAUAAAAGAAUAAUUGGAUUAAGAAGACACUCAUCCGGGAUAUAAUGUAAUCAGAAGCUGGUGAAGCUGUUCAAUUAUCAGCAUGUCUGGCCAUCGUACGCUUGCGAUGGACAAAGCCAUAAAGAUGGUGUAAAUUCA